GACUCUUCUUUCAGUCUUGUGGUGCCGGUUGAAGCAAUCAACAUUAAUUAUGAUUACUUUAUUUUUCCUGGAUACUCGGUAAUAACACGAAAGAAGGACUUUCCGAUAGGAAUAUGGAAAUCACCAAAGAGGACGUCAAAUUACCCGACAUCUCUCAAGGAAGGCUCGCCUUUGUUCUAUAUAAUGUGUUUACGGAAGAAGAGUGUGAGAAAUAUAUAAAAGAUUCGGAGAAGAGAGGAUAUGAACUGGCCUUAGUCAAUGUCGGCGGGGGAAGACAAGUUAAGGCUACUGAUGUAAGAAACAGUUCUAGAAAUAUCUGGGACUCGAAAGAGGAAGCAGAAAGAAUUCUGGGAAGAAUCAGGAAGUUCCUACCAGAAAAAUGGAAAGGAAGAAAACUUGUAGAACUGAAUGAAAGGUUACGGUUUUUGCGGUAUGACCCUGGUGAAUAUUUCAAACCUCACUUGGACGGCUCCUAUAUCAGAGACAGUGGAGAGAGAAGUUACGUCACCGUCCAAAUCUAUCUCAACGAGGGAUUUGAAGGAGGCAGUACAACAUUUUUAGACAGUUAUUCAGGGGAAAAAGAUAGCGGAGUGGAAGUGGUACCCAAAACUGGCUCAGUUUUGAUUUUCCAACAUGACAUCCUUCACGAGGGAUCGGAACUGAUAAAGGGCCGGAAGUACGCAAUAAGGACGGACGUUAUGUACGAAGCCAAGCAGUUCUAGACUGACGCAGGAUAGGUCUGUCCGGGUACAGAGGCCGAAAUCCAUCCACAAGUGUUGUGCAAUAUUAUCUGUAGAAUAUGUACGUUUUGUUACUUCCAUUUCAGAGAAGUCGACCAAGAUACAAAUCAUAAA